AUGACAAGCUCCACCAAGACGCAGACACGGGCGCACGUUGGGCAUUCCCACCACCACCACUCGCACGACAACACAUAUUUGAUCUCCUCCAACAAGAAGGAUGCGGGCGUGCGAAUCACGCGCAUUGGGCUCUAUGUCAACCUGGGCAUGGCGAUAGGAAAGGGCGUUGGAGGCUACGUCUUCCACAGCCAGGCCCUCAUUGCCGAUGCCAUCCACAGUCUCACAGAUCUUGUCAGCGACAUCAUGACCCUUGCAACCGUCUCGUGGUCUUUGAAGCCUCCGUCGGAGCGUUUCCCCAGUGGGUACGGAAAGGUGGAGAGCUUGGGUUCUUUGGGUGUCAGCGGCAUCCUACUCGGCGGAGGGUUGAUGAUGGGCUGGGCUGCCCUGAUUGCUCUCUGCCAGCAGUUCUUUCCUGAUUUUGCAGAAGCUGCUGCUCACUGGGGCUUUUUGCCGCACAGCCAUGGUCACGGUCACGGCCACGGCCACGGCCAUGGCGAGCUGGGCCCGAAUAUCAAUGCGGCCUGGCUCGCCGGAGGUUCGAUCCUCAUAAAGGAAUGGCUGUACCGCGCGACUCUCAAGGUCGCCAACGAGCGCAAAUCUUCCGUCCUCGCUUCGAACGCAUACCAUCAUCGAGUAGACUCUCUCACAGCCUUCGUCGCACUGCUCAUGAUUGCUGGAUCAAACGUCCUUAGUAAUGCCUCGUGGCUGGACCCCGUUGGCGGCUUGGUGAUUUCAUUAAUGGUGGUUCAGGCUGGUUGGGGCAACACGAAAGACUCCCUGCUUGAACUCGCAGACGUCGGUGUUGAAGAUGAGAUGAAAGGGAACGUCCGCAAGGCAGCUAGUAAAGCCCUAGACAGCAUCAAUUCUGGAUUGGUGGCCACUCACGUCGAUCUGCGUUCUGUACAGGGUGUCAAGUCCGGUCAGAACUUCUUAAUAGAUCUAGAACUUGCCGUGCCCGGAUCAUGGACCGUUGAGCAGACACGUGGCGUGGAAGACUUGGUCCGAGAAAGAGUCGGCGCAAAGGUCCGAGGUGUCAAGAGAGUCCGGGUCCGGUUUGUGUCCAAGUCUUCUGAACAGCCUGACUUCUCAGACGAGUUCAUUGGCCCAGAUGUGAGCGCUAAGGCCAGCCCAGAGCCAGAGGAGGAGAAUCAUUCACACUCCCAUGGCCACGAUCAUGGACACGAUCACAAGCCGAGCAAUGGGAAUGUGACGAAACGGAAGUGA